AUGACUCAUCCAUUGCCAUCCUCAUCCUCCCUCUCCUCGGCUUCCUCAGCAUCGUCGCAUCUUCCCUCUGGCUUUCCAGUCCCAGCAUGGAUGGCACCAGCCACAUUCACAUCGCCAUCGGCACCGGCACAGGCACCGGCACAGGCACCGGCACACGCUUCUUCACCUUCUCAUCCUUCCACUUGUGCUCUCAAUGCGCUCUCAGCACCCAACUCGUCCAAGCCAGCACAAACAGCAGCACAAAUAGCAGCACAAAUAGCAGCAGCAGCAGUAGCAGCAGCGUCGUCAUCAUCAUCCUCAUCAUCCUCAUCAUCCUCAUCACAGCCAUCAUUGCACAAGCCACCGCCACCAGCUCCCCUUACCACCGCCACCGUCACCACUACCGGCUCCCCUUGCCACUCCCACGAUCCAAAAGUCCUCCCCUACCUCUUCGACGAUGCUCAACUCGACGACGUACUUGUCCUAGUAGUGGAUAUGCUCGUCAAGCUCACCGAACACAACGACUCCCUCCCGCUCCAUCCUUCCGCACUCACACGCUUCCACUCACGCGCAACACCCAAUAUCACCCUUUCCGCCUAUCUACGGCGUAUAGCCAGAUACACCUCGAUCGAGAAAUGUUGCCUCCUCAUCCUCCUCGUCUACAUCGAUCGCGUCUGCGAACGCCUCGACGGUUUCACGAUAUCCGGCUUGACAGUGCAUCGUUUCAUCUGUGCCGCAAUCCUGUGUGCGAGCAAGGCGCUUUGCGAUGCCUUUAAUACCAACGAGCACUAUGCCAAGGUGGGAGGUAUAAGUCUACAGGAGAUCAAUCUCUUGGAGAAGGAGUUUUUGCAGAUUAUCGAUUGGAGGUUGAUAUGUUCCGGCACUGUCUUGCAGCAUUAUUACGCUAGCUUGGUGAGGAGCCACAGUGACUAUCUGCUGGCCGAGCCACCUGUCGCUGCAGAGGUGCAUCCCCUCGCCUUCAACGGAAGCAGGAGUGAAAAGCUCAACGGACAGAGCAGUGCAAGUAGUAGUGGCGGUAUAAUUGGUGACGGUGUAAUUGGUGACGGUGUAAUUGGUGACAGUGUAAUUGGUGGCAGUAUAAUUGGUAGCAGCAGUGGUAGCAGUGCAAGUCGGAAUGGCAGUGCAGGCCUUACACCAGCCAUGGCUAGCAGCCAACACAGCUCACCUUUCCCAAUCAGCAGCACUAGUGCAAGUCCAUUCACUCCUGCCGGUGUCAAUACCUUGAAUGCCGGUUUGGUUGCGGGCAACGCCUCUACUGCUUCAGGAUCAGGAUCAGGCUCGUCUAUCAGUCCUCUUGCUGCGAUGCAAGUCGAUUCGGAUCCACAUGCAAACGCAGCACCACCAUCAGCAGCAGUGGCCGCACCAGCAGCAAUGAACAGAAGAAGAAGGAAAGACGAACAACGGACAGCACCGUCUCCACGCAGUCUCAAUGCUCACAGCAGCAGUCAACACGCUUCUAACACUGAUCGAUCUGCAUUUGGCAGUAACGGUAACGGCUACCGCAACGCCCCAGCAAGUGCUCAAGUAAGCACCACUCAGCCAUACCAGCAUCCUGCGCACUAUCAAGAUGAAGUCCACAAACGGAUCCGAUUCGGUUAUCAGUCUCCGCCUCCACCAUCAUCAUCACAGCAGCAGCAGCAGCAGCAGCCAUAG